CACACACACCUCUGAGCACCAGGGCUUUAUAAACCCCUAACAUUGCUAUCGAGCGCAGUCUCUCUGUCACAGCACUACAUCUUUAUGUAACGUUUGCCCCAGCUGCUGCAGUCCAGUCGUACAUGAGAGGAAACAAAACUCCAGUCCUCUCGGAUAUAUUUCUAUAUUUAAAUCGGAGGUGUCACGGGAGAACUUCCUUGGGAAAAGAAGCAAGAAGGAUGAGUUCCGCCCGCCUGCUCCUCCAGCAGCCGUUGUUCGGCACAGUCCGGUGGUCGCCCCCGCUGACAGUGAGCAGCGGCUCGGACACAAGCGGCAGUCAGCCCUCACUGUGGAGACCUUGGUUAUCCAGCAGCAGGGACGGACCCAAGCAAUUCCCACGCAGCAGGCAAUCCUCUCCUUACUCCAGACCAACGGUGCCAGGCUGCUUAUCGUCAGAUGGGAAAUCUCAGGCCUUCCAGCACCCUGUCAGGCUAUUCUGGCCCAAAUCAAAGUCAUUUGACUAUCUAUACAGUGACGGAGAGGCCCUGCUCAGGAACUUCCCCAUUCAGGCAACCAUCAGCUUUUAUGAUGAGUCUGACAGUGAGGAUGAGAACGAGGAGGAAUGGGAGGAGAAUGGUAACUCUGAGGAGUGCCUCAAACAGCAGUCUCAUUUCACCUCCUACAACUGAGUGACAGGGAGCCUCCUGGGAAAUGGCUGACAGAGACUGCAGUUUCCUUGUUUAUACUCACUUAAUUGGUUUAGACUGCAUUUGAAAGUGUGCGUGAAACACAGAUUGGAAGAGCAAGAUCAAAAACAACAGACUAAUCUGCAUUCUUUGUGUCAGCAUGAUUGUGUUUCAAGACUUUAUCUGCUUUCAUACAGCUUAACCUCUUAAGCCCUCAAAUUAUGUUGCCCACUUAGCAGCAGCACUGGGUCAAAUGGCAGAGAUUGUAAUAUUUGAGGGGAGCAGAAUGUCUAUCAAACUAAUGUUUAGGAUGACUUAUUAUUAGAAUUAGAAUUAUACUGUCCAUAUUCAUUGCAAUCUCUCUCUGUGUAGUUGAGUGGUCUCACAUUUUCUGUUGUUUGUACUGCACACAACUGUGGCAUUUAGAAUUCUGUAUACAAUCAACCCUUCCUAAGUCCCUCCCCUCUUGGCUCUGCGCUCCAAAAACAGCUGAGCAAGCCUCGGACCGAACCUCGCUUAACUUUUUCCUGUCCUGCAGGAAGGGUCCGUUGUGCAGUAUCUGCAUAUCUCUGGUGAGAGAGGAAAGCUAUGGGUCAUGUUCUCCCAUAUUGGGACGUUUACAGUCAAUCUCAGGGUCUGAUUCUUCCCACUGUAUAUAGAUUGUAAUCUACACACAUUUAUAAUUUAUCAUGUACAUUGUACAUAACUUUUACUUAAACUUAUAUUUAUGUUGACUUUUUUUUAUACAUUAGUGCAUCAGUCUCAUUGUGUACUGUCCAAACUGAGGUUCUAUAAAGAAUAAAAUAACCUAUUUUGGGAAUUAAGAA